UAGGUCGUCGGCGGCUAAACCGGUCUUAUGUUUAGAUGAAAGAUGCGUCACGUCGGCAGGUCAAUCCACUAAUCAGAGUUCAAUGUGCCAGUAUUCUGAAGAAUAUGGAGAUGGCAGUGGCACCUUUGGUUACUAUCUAACAGAUUUGUUGGAAUUUGACGUUGUAAUGCCCCAUGAUUAUAAUUUGGUCAAAAACAUGUCAGCUAGAAUUUUUUUCGGGUGUAGUACAUUUCUUACCGGGGGAUUUACUAAAGAAAAUCAGUCAAUUGAUGGCAUUAUGGCACUUGGUUACUUGUAUCCUUCAAUUGUAUCACAACUAGCUACUCAGCUUAUGAUUCCUAAUAUUUUUUCGCAUUGUUUGGGAAGAGAUGGCAACGGCACAUUAGUCCUCGGUGAAUUUGAUCACAAUGAUGCAGAUAUUGUGUUUACUCCUCUCGUACCAGCAUCUUACAGGAACUCGUAUUAUAGUUUGGAUUUGAAAAGUAUAACGGUCAAAGGAAAAUCGUUACCCAUCAAUCCGACCGUUUACAAUACACCAGACGUCGGAGGUACCAUUGUGGAUAUAAAUAAUGAAGUUGCAGAAUAUGGAACACCUCUGGACUCAAAUCUCGACCAGAUGGACAGGUUUCCACUUGUUGCUUUCCAUUUUGCUGAUAAUGCCACUAUGGUUUUGAAACCACAGGAUUACAUUCUUAAUUACCAACCCAUUAUUGAUGAUGUUCCAACACUCUGUGUCGGCUUCCACAAAACUAUGGUGGAGAAUUUGACCAUUUUAGGCGAUCUUGUUUUGAAGGAUAAGAUUAUAGUUUACGACAUAGAUCAUCAUCAACUUGGAUGGUCCAGUUAUUAUAAUUGUUCCGCGGCGAUCGUGAAUGUCUCCCAAACUACUUCUGGAUUGGACAACAUGCAACUUAUGAGCUUUACAAUAAGUUCAUAUUUGUUGAUUCUUUUGGUUAUAUUAAUAUUAAUUUAAGUUAUUUCUUAUGAC